CGUCAUCAUCUAAAAUUUUUCAACAGCUUAACUCAAAAAAACUAACCAAUACCAGGAAACGAAAAAAGUCAGCAAAUAAACUCAUAGUCAUGGCCGAUGAAACUUGUCAUUUUCUAGCGAUAACGCCUUAACUUUAGUUUAGAUUACGGUAAACAAUUCUCAUUUUACUGUGAUAAUUCACAAUUUAUAGUCGUUUUUCUCUCUGAUCUGUAAUUUAAGUGAACUCAUGAAUCUUUUCCAAGUCGAAAGAGGAUGAUAUUACAAUCGAUUUGCAAACAGAAAAUGUCUUACCAGAAAAACAUUGCAGUAAAAUGCAUAAACCUAAUGCCACAUCGUUCUUUAUCUAGUGAUAUUAUUGUAUCAAAAAUUGAUGUUGAAUCUAACAGGUUUCUGAAGAAUUAUGGACGAAUGUCUUCACUUGUAGAAACCUUAAAAAAUAAAACUAGAGAAGUUUUAGCAGUUUCAAAGGAGAAUAUUACAAAACAUGUAACAAAAGGCAAGAUACUACCCAGAGACAGAGUUAAUCUGUUGUUAGAUGCAAAUACUUCAUUCCUAGAACUUUCUAGUUUAGCUGCUAAUGGAAUGUAUGAUGGCAAGAUUAAAGCUGCUGGUAUUAUUACUGGCAUAGGAAAAGUACAAGGACAAGAUUGUGUGAUAAUAGCCAAUGAUUCAACUGUAAAAGGAGGUACAUAUUAUCCUAUCACUGUGAAAAAACACUUGCGAGCGCAGGAAAUCGCUGAAGAAAAUAAUUUACCAUGUAUAUAUUUAGUAGACAGUGGGGGUGCCAAUUUGCCACAUCAAUCAGAAGUUUUUCCUGACAAAAAUCAUUUUGGAAGAGUAUUUUUUAACCAAGCAAACAUGUCUUCAAAGGGAAUACCUCAGGUGGCAGUUGUAAUGGGAUCAUGCACUGCAGGAGGAGCUUAUGUGCCAGCUAUGUCUGACGAAUGUGUUAUUGUAAAGCAGCAAGGUACAAUAUUUCUGGCCGGACCACCUUUAGUAAAAGCUGCUACUGGUGAAGUGGUUUCUGCUGAAGAGUUAGGUGGUGCAGAUCUUCAUUGUUCAGUUUCGGGAGUUACCGAUCACUAUGCUGUAAAUGAUGAACACGCAAUACAACUGACAAAAGAUAUUAUAAAAAAUUUAAAUCGGCCAACAAAAAAUCCUUUUACUGAAGAAUUUCAAUUGCCACUGUAUAACUGCAAAGAUCUGUAUGGUAUUAUUGAUGAGGACAUUCAGAAACCUUAUGAUGUUAGGGAGGUUAUUGCGAGGAUAGUUGAUGGGUCUAAAUUUCAUGAAUUUAAAAAGAAAUACGGUGAAACAUUAGUGUGUGGAUUUUCUAAAUUAUAUGGAAAGUCCGUGGGAAUCCUUGGAAAUAAUGGGGUUCUGUUUUCUGAAAGUGCAUUGAAAGGGGCACAGUUCAUUGAGAUCUGUUCGCAAAGAAAAAUCCCUCUAAUAUUUUUGCAAAAUAUAACGGGAUUUAUGGUGGGCCGGCAUGCAGAAAGUGGGGGCAUAGCUAAAAAUGGGGCUAAAUUAGUGACAGCUGUUGCGUGUGCCAAAGUGCCGAAACUAACUGUUAUUAUUGGUGGAUCUUAUGGCGCCGGAAAUUAUGGUAUGAGUGGAAGAGCCUAUGCUCCAAGAUUCCUCUUCAUGUGGCCAAAUGCGCGGAUAGCUGUAAUGGGUGGUCCUCAAGCAGCGGGCGUAUUGUCUCAAGUCGCCAGUAAAAAUAAAAUCUGGACCGCGGAAGAGAAAGAACAUUUUGAAAACCCUAUUAUUGAAAAAUUUCAACAUGAAAGUUCACCCUACUUCAGCACAGCAAGAAUUUGGGAUGAUGGCAUAAUUGAUCCAAAAGAUACUAGGAAGGUUCUGGGUAUAAGUUUGGCAGCUUCAUUGAACAGUGAUAUAGAUGAUACCAAGUUUGGCGUAUUUAGAAUGUAGAUAGUUAUUAUCAUAUAUCAUUCGUUGUUCUAAAAUUAUUUUUACAACGUGGUUUACAAAUUAUGUUAUGGGAUAUUAAAAACCAAACUAUGUUCAACAGAUGCAAUACAUAAUUUUUAUUUAAAGAGUUUAGUUAC